AUGAGGAUCAAAGGGUUUCCGGCGCCCCGCGAUGGUUUCCGCUGCCCCAUUGUCUUCAGGCGGGGAAUUGACCAAUGGGAAAAUGAUGAUGGUUGUGAAUUCUUUUUACAGGAUAUCAGCAGGGGAGGAUUUACAGACAGAAAUCUGAAAUCAAAGACACACCAGCGAGUUCACAAUAGGGAGAAGCCAUUCACCUGCUCUGAUUGUGGGAAGGGAUUCGGCCAGUUAUUUAGACUGCAGUCACACCAGCGAGUUCACACCGGGGAGCGACUGUUCACCUGCUCUGAGUGUGGGAAGGGAUUCAGUCAGUUAUUUAGACUACAGUCACACCAGCGAGUUCACACCGGGGAGAGACUGUUCACCUGCUCUGAAUGUGGGAAGGGAUUCACUCGGUCAUCCAACCUGCUGAGACACCAGCGAUUUCACAUUGGGGAAAGGCCGUUCACCUGCUCUGCAUGUGCGAAGGGAUUCACUCAGUUAUCCCACCUGCAGAGACACCAGCAAGUUCACACUAGGGAGAGGCUGUUCACCUGCUCCGCUUGUGCGAAGGGAUUCACUCAGUUAUCCCAUCUGCGGACACACCAGCGAGUUCACACUGGGGAGAGGCUGUUCACCUGCUCUGAAUGUGAGAAGCAAUUUACUCAGUUAUCCCAUCUGCGGAUACACCAGCGGGUUCACACCGGGGAGAGGCUGUUCAACUGCUCUGAAUGUGGGAAGGGCUUCACUCAGUUAUGCCAUUUGCAGGCACACCAGCGACUUCACACUGGAGAGAGGCCAUUCACCUGCUCUCAGUGUGGUAAGGGAUUUAUUCAGUCAUCCCACCUGCUGAGACAUCAGCAAGUUCACACCGGGAGGAGGCUGUUCACCUGCUCUCAGUGUGGGAAGGGUUUCACUCAGUCAUCCCACCUUCGGAUCACAGGAUGA